AUGCACGUUGCCUCUUCUUUAUCUAGUCCCCCCGAAAAGAAACUUUGGACCAAUGACGGUAAGGUUACAGCAGUAAAGAACCAAGGAAGCUGUGGAUCUUGCUGGACGUUUGGAGCAGUAGGAGGUUUGGAGACAAGGUAUCACGAAGUGUCUGGUAAACUGAGGAACUUCGCAGAGCAGGAAUACCUGGACUGUGUCUACGAGGGACAGAGGAAUGGUUGCAACGGUGGAUGGCCUGAUAACUGUUACGACUACUCCAAGAAGAACGGUGGAAGGUUGGCUUCAACUGCUGACUACGGAUACACUCAAAAGGAUGGUAGUUGCAAAGGAAGUUCGAAACCUGACGCUAUGGUGGCUGCUAAAAUUGUCGGCUACACCAGGGUUAGCCCAACUGAGGCCGCAAACAUUGAAGCCCUUACAACAGGCUCUUUGUCCGUCGCUUUCGAAGUGACAAGUUACUUCCAACAGUACCGAGAAGGCAUCAUCCAAGACACAACAUGCACCGGGAGACCAAACCACGCCGUCACAGCUGUAGGAUACACGCCGAAAUUCGUCCUGGUAAAGAACUCUUGGGGAUCAAAAUGGGGAGAAAGCGGAUUCGUGAAGUUCUCUCGAGGCUACCCCUCCAAUUGCGGCCUCUUCAAGUACAGCAGCUACCCCAACCUUGAUACAACCGGACAGUCUGACAACACUCCUUCUGAUAAAGCCACCGACUACAAACCUUCUGAAAACGAUGAUGAUAACCCAAACCCUAAACCUGACCCAAACUGCAAAGACGUGGCAACCAACUGUCAGCUCAAUUGGUGCACCAGGCGGGAGAGUAACUGGGUCGCCAUAGUUAAGAAGUACUGCCGGAAGACUUGUAAAUUGUGUGGAGAUGAUGGAGAUGAUGGAGAGUGCCCCAGCGGCACCAUUAGAUGUUCUGAUGGUGUGUGCCGACACGAACACAUGUGCUAG